GAGUUUCAGUGGAAUAUAAACGCUCCUAAGUCGUGCGUUUAAACGCGCGCAUACACCAACUCUUUGGCGAUUUUUUUUCCUGCUUUACGCACCAGAAAAAGAACAAUCCACGAGUGGAUUUUGUUAACUCCGGAGGGCUGAUUUCAUCAUGAGCGCCGGACAGACCUACGACAAGAAAGUCGGGUGUAUUUUGACCGAUCUACCAGGAUCUAUGAGCUGCCACCCGAACUCCAAGGACUCACCAACUCUGCCCGAGUCCUCGGUGACGGACAUGGGCUACUACAGCGGACAGACGGCUCACGGGCAGCACGAGUACUAUCAGAGCCAAGCAUACGGACAGCCCAUGAACUCUUACCAUCAUCAGUUUAACCUGAACGGAAUGGGAGCCGCUGGAGCGUACGCCACCAAAUCUGAAUACCCGUACACGAACAGCUACAGACAGUUCGGACAUUACAACAGAGACCACCUGCAGGCAUCGCCUCCCAGCUCAGUGAAAGAAGAGCCAGAGCCUGAGGUCCGGAUGGUGAAUGGAAAGCCGAAAAAGAUCCGCAAGCCGAGGACGAUCUACUCCAGUUAUCAGCUCGCUGCUCUGCAGAGACGCUUCCAAAAGGCGCAGUACCUCGCGCUGCCCGAAAGAGCGGAGCUGGCGGCUCAGCUCGGCCUCACCCAGACACAGGUGAAGAUCUGGUUCCAGAACAGGAGAUCCAAGUUCAAGAAACUGUACAAAAACGGCGAAGUCCCCCUGGAGCACAGCCCCAACGCCAGCGACUCCAUGGCCUGCAACUCCCCUCCCUCCCCCGCAGUGUGGGAGAACAGCACCCAGCAGAACACCCCCAUCAGCAGACCUCAGGUCCCACAGCCGACGCACAGCUCGUCGCCGCCUUACCUGGAGGAUUAUAACAACCACUGGUACCAGCAGGGAUCACAUCUACAGCACCCGGGCACCGUGCACCACCCGGUGCCGCAGCAGAGUGUCGGAGCAGUUUAUUGACAGUGACUCCAGAGCAGAUUGAGCUCCUCACAUUUUCCAAACGAGGCCUCUCCACUAAAGACUCCACAGAGAGAAGAACCCGGAGCAGGCCUCGAGUGAAACAUUGCGCCUGUUUUUAAGGAUGACCAACAAUGUUUCAGAACUGGGUUUCUAUUCAAAAGCACAUAAGGGAUUUCCGAUCACUUGUGGCAGCACAUUUAACGGACAUCUGGCGUGGUUUUUAAAUUAUUUAUCGCUUCUGUUGUAUUUCCUUAAACCCCUUUUUUGUAAAUGAAUAUGCAAAGUCUGUUUUUAACGAGUAGCAUAACCACAAAUUGACAAAACUGUGCAGUUGAUCCAGGCUACACUCAGAUCAUGUAUAAAGAGCGCGUCAGAAACACUCAGGUCAUAUUUAUAUGGAUUUGUACAAACCGUCGAAGGCUGUAAAUAUGUGUUUAUAUGCAGAACCACUAUGACCGUCUUUGUUUGAAACGGAAAAGCUGCACUGUGGUGCUUCCAAAACCAUUUUCAUCUUUAUGUAAUUAGUC